CAUAGCUACUUCUGACUCCAGAAAGAAAAGUUUUUUUGUAGAGUGGAGAAAAACUAGGAAGAAACUUUGUCGUAUGCUGCAUAUUCGUGCACAGUGAGGGAGAGUAGUUUUAUUUUAAAUCGAGAUCAGUGUUAAAGAACCAUCGUUUUUUAACCAACACUGUCUUACAUGAAAAAAGUUUAAGGAAACGAGAAAAAAAUAAGAUCACAACCUGCCUUUGCUGGAACCAUAUCUUUCGAUUUGAUUUCUAUUUUGUUGCUGCCUUCUUGGAUAAAUUAUUACAAAUGGCUUCUUCUAUGAUGUACCUUACUGCGAAAUGCAUGCUAAUUGCCCAACUUCUGAUCCUGAUGGCAAAAAGUAGCAGAGCGCUUGUGUGUCUGCCCUGUGAUGAAUCGAAAUGCGAGGAGCCCAAGAACUGUCCGGGCAGUGUAGUUUUGGGUAUCUGCGGUUGCUGCUCGGUUUGUGCGAAGCAAAAGAACGAGAGCUGCGGGGGAGUCUAUGGACUGUACGGGACUUGUGACCGUGGUCUGCGGUGUGUCAUCAGACCCCCACUCAACGGUGAUUCCAUUACGGAAUAUGAAGUUGGGGUUUGUGAAGAUGAAAACUGGGAUGAUGAUCAGCUGCUUGGAUUUGAGCCUUGCAAUGAGAACCUGAUAACGGGCUGCAACAUAAUAAAUGGGAAAUGUGAGUGUGACAGCAUUCGGACCUGUAAUAAUCCAUUUGAAUUUCCAAGUCAAGAAACUUGUAUGUCGGCACUAAAGAGGAUCGAAGAUGAGAAGCCUGACUGCUCAAUAGCACGCUGUGAGGUGCAGUUCUCUCCGCGUUGUCCGGAGGACUCGAUUUUGAUUGAGGGCUAUGCCCCCCCGGGGGAGUGCUGUCCUCUGCCCAGCCGCUGUGUCUGUAACCCUGCCGGCUGCCUGCGCAAGGUCUGCCAGCCUGGAUACCUCAAUAUCCUCGUCUCCAAAGCCUCUGGAAAACCUGGCGAGUGCUGCGACCUGUAUGAGUGUAAACCAGUUUUCAGUGUGGACUGCAGCACAGUGGAGUGCCCUCCUGUUCAGCAGGUCAUCUGCCCAGCUGACAGCUAUGAAACCCAGGUCAGACUCACUGCGGAUGGCUGCUGCACUCUGCCCACAAGGUGCGAGUGUUUGCCGGGGAUGUGUGGUUUCCCCCAGUGUGCCUCAGGAACUAUCCCCCGCAUCGUCUUCCUUGGCGACAGCUCACCUGGCAAGUGUUGUGAUGUGUUUGAAUGCGUCAAUGAAACCAAGCCAGCCUGCAUCUUCCACGGGGUGGAGUACUUUGACGGGGACAUGUUUCGCAUGGACGCCUGCCGCUUCUGCCGCUGCCAGGGUGGCGUCUCGAUCUGUUUCUCUGCGCAGUGCGGGGUGCUACACUGCGACAGAUACUAUGUGCCAGAGGGAGAGUGUUGCCCCGUCUGUGAAGAUCCCAUCUACCCUGUGCUCAACUUUGCUGGCUGUUAUGUCAACGGACAGAUCUUGGCACAUGGUGACCAUUGGAGAGAGGAUGAUUGCACUUUCUGCCAGUGCAUCAGUGGGGAUGCCCGCUGCGUGGCGGCAGCAUGUGGUCAUAGCUGCCUAAACCCUGUGGAAGUCCCUGGGGAGUGCUGUCCUGUGUGUGAAGAACCAACAUACAUCACAAUUGGACCACCUACCUGUGAGCUGUUGGAGAACUGCACUUUGAUGGAAAGGGACUGUAUCUAUGGCUUUAGACUGGACAUUAAUGGCUGCCGCACCUGCCACUGCAAAACCAGAAAGGAGUUGUGUAGUGAUCUGAUAUCAGACUGUGCCCUCGACUGCCCGUUUGGGUUCCAGACAGAUGCCCAUGGCUGUGAAAUCUGCCAGUGCCGCCCACGUCCAAAGAAAUGCAAGCCUGUUGUCUGUGACAAGGAAUGUCCUUUUGGAUACAUGAAGAACAAGCAUGGAUGUGAUACUUGCCGCUGCAAGAAGUGCCCAGAAGUACCAUGUGACAAAGACUGUCCAGUGGGUUUCGAGCAAGACAAUAUUGGCUGCCUUAUCUGCAAAUGCAGAGAAAUGUCCACUUCAGUAGGUCCUCCAGUAAAAACUGGUUCUUGCCUGUCCAUGGAUGGUAGGCGUCAUGAGAGCCGGGAAAACUGGCAUGACGGUUGCAGAGAGUGUUACUGCCACAACAGCCGGGAGAUGUGUGCCCUCAUCACUUGCCCAGUUCCUGCCUGUGACAACCCCUCCAUCCGGCAUGGGCAGUGCUGCCCAUCUUGCCCAGACGACACCAGUUCUUGGACACCAGAGCUGAGCAACUCCUCUAUCUGUCAUGCUCCCGGGGGAGAGUAUUUUGUGGAAGGCGAGACGUGGAACAUUGACUCCUGCACUCAGUGUACCUGCCACAGUGGAAGAGUGCUGUGUGAAACCGAGGUUUGCCCGCCCCUCCUCUGCCAGAACCCUAUCAGAACACAGGACUCCUGCUGCCCACACUGCCCAGAUGAGCCCUUCCUGCCCUUGUCACCUAGCAACGAGAGCAUUCCAGGCUACUGCAAGAAUGAGGAAGGGGACAUCUUCCUGGCAGCUGAGUCAUGGAAGCCCAACGUGUGCACCAGCUGUGUCUGCUUGGACGGGGCAAUCAGCUGCUUCUCAGAGUCCUGCCCUCCAGUUGCUUGUGCUCGGCCUGUUCUGAGGAAAGGCCAGUGCUGCCCCUAUUGUCUUGAGGAUACUGUACCAAAGAAAGCAGUGUGCCAUUUCAACGGGAAGACUUACGCAGAUGAGGAGAGGUGGGACAUCGAUAGCUGCACUCAUUGCUACUGCUUGCAGGGUCAGACCCUUUGCUCCACUGUUAGCUGCCCCGCAUUGCCCUGUGUGGAACCCAUAAAUGUAGAGGGGAGUUGUUGCCCUAUGUGUUCAGAGAUGUACGUGCCUGAACCUACCAACAUUCCCAUUGAGAAGACCGACCAGAGAGGAGAGGUUGAAUUGCAUGAGCCCUUUUGGCCAACAGGCAGUGAGAAUGAGAUCUUACCACAGUUCAGAGGAGAAAUGGGGAACCUCAAAAUGGAGUACACUGAGGGGAAGGUCCCGAUGCCAAGCGAGGACACCACCUUCCACUACGUCGCCUGGGUAACCCUGCCUAUAAUGAUGGCUCUGGUUGCAAUAGUCACUCUUCUCCUGAUCAAUCAGAAGAAGCAAUGGAUACCUGUGCCCUGCUAUAGAGCUCCUACAAAGCCUACAUGUUUGAAUAACCAGCUGGUGUAUGUGGACUGUAAGAAAGGCAUGAUGGUCCAGGUAGACAGUCCUCAGCGGAUGCUGAGGCUUGCAGACCCAGACUCCAGAUACAGCGGCUCCUACAGCAUGCAAAAACAGAACAACCUGCAGGCAGACAACUUCUACCAAACAGUGUGAGGAACUACUGCACCAUCAGAAACAGAACACAAGUGACUUAACUGUUAUCUGAAACACAAAAUAAAUAAAUAAAUAAUAAUAAUAAUAAUAAUAAUAAUAAUAAUAAUAAUAAUAAUAAAUAAUAAUAAUAAAAAAAGCAUUAUUAUAUUUGGGAUUGUGAAUUAAUGUACUGCUCUGGAAUAUGACAGAUUGUGCCUCCUGCAGCGUGUCAGAAAAUAGCAUUCCUGCUUUUCAUUGUGAUCGCCUGACCAGUGUUUCAUAGAACACUGUGACACCAAAGUUCUAAAUUACUAAAGUUGUAUUUGCUUGUAUUAUUGCUGUCGAUGGAUCAGGCCAUCAGUGUGGAAGCUCAGUCUUUCAGACUGGCAGAAGACAUGGGGGUCUCGAACCAGGCAUCUGGACAUUGGCUUUUCUUGUUGCUCUGAACCUACCUUUGAUGGAGCCCAACUCACUAAAAGGACAAUCCCUAAAGGAUGAAGCAGUGUGACCUUUUAACCUUUGCUAGAUGCAUAAUCGUAGACUGGAAUCUUCUAAGGCCGCAGGCCUCAUGUAUUUGCGUAAUUUUUACAACGGUGGGUUUACGCUUAAAAUAAACAAAUAUACUUUUCUUUUUUUUUAAAUACAGAAAACUAGAAACAUAACAAAAAGGGUGUGUUGAUGUUUAACAUAUAAACUAUACUGUGUGCUGCUUAUAUUUUUCAAAUGGCCAGUUUUUACCAGGACAGGUAGCAAAGGACUUGAGGCCUACUAUAUUCUGUGUUUGAUCACUGGAUCCUGAAGCGACUGUACUAGACAGAAGUCUGAUGACUUCCUUGUGUUGGUUAUCUUGAAAUCGUUGUGUUUUCUGUGGGUUCUGAAGGUUGGAAAAACAAGAUAAUA